AUGGUUUAUGCUAUUGAGGAGAUCAACGGCAAUGAUCUUCUGCUCCCUAACGUCACUCUGGGCUUCCAGUUGUUCGAUAACUGUGUACACAUAUCCCGUGCUCUCUUGGAGACAUUUAUUGCCCUGACAGGAGAAGACAAGGCCAUUCCAAAUUAUCAGUGUCAAAAGAAGGUGCCUCUUGCCAUCAUUGGUGACCCUUUAUCACUUUUCUCUAUGGCAAUGGCUGCAAUAUUGGGUGUCUAUGGAUAUCCUCAGGUCAGCUAUGCCGCAACCAUACACUCAUUGAGUGAUCGUUUCUUAUAUCCAACAUUUUUUCGUACUAUUCCUAGUGAUGACAAACAGUCAAAAGCUUUGGCCAAAUUGAUCUCUUUCAUGGGUUGGAAAUGGGUUGGAUUACUAUCCCUCAAUAGUGACUAUGGAAUUCUAGGGUCACAAAUCCUUAAAGAGGAACUGCAGAAGUUGGGUGUGUGCAUCGCUUACCAUGAGACUUUUGGGCAAAGGACUUCUUUAGCAAAACUUCAGGCCAUAUCAAACACUGUCGUUCAGUCCUCAGCAAAGGUGGUCAUCCUCUUCUCCAAAGACCCUGAGAUCAACAAGCUGAUGGAAUUGCUUUUAGAGCCUCAAGAAGAACUGAGCCAUCCAUCAGCUCAGCUCUACAUUUCAGUUUUCCACCACUUGAAGCAUGUCUAUUUCAAAAAUCGGAUGGGAGAAGAGAUGUUCUUCGAUGCCUAUGGAAACCCUCCAACUGACUAUGACCUUCUAAACUGGCAUAAGUACUCAGAUGGUGUUAUUCACUUUGAGACAGUUGGACGGUACAAUUUACGUCAAGCUAAAGAAAAUGAAUUGAGCAUCAAUAUCACAGCUAUCAAGUGGAUCACAGGUGGCAGCGAGGUCCCCAGCUCAGUAUGCAGCGAAAGCUGCUCCCCUGGAUUCCGAAAAGCUGCUCGAAAAGGGCAACCGGUGUGUUGUUAUGACUGUAUUCCUUGUUCAGAGGGUGAAAUAUCCAACCAAACAGAUUCAAUCAACUGUUUUCCAUGUGCUGCUGAGAUGUGGCCCAAUGCUAACAGCACCAUGUGCCUUCCUAAAGAUGUGGAGUUUCUGUCAUACUUGGAACCACUUGGAGUCGCUUUAUCAUCCAUUGUUAUCUUCUGCUUCUUCACCACCCUUUCUGUCUUGUGUAUGUUCGUCAAAUACAAAGACACUGCCAUUGUCAAAGCCAAUAACAGUGAUCUCACCUACUGCCUCCUUGUCUCAUUGUCCUUAAGUUUCCUCUGCUCUUUACUAUUUAUUGGAGAACCUAAAAGAUUAACAUGUCUCUUGCGUCAAACAGCUUUUGGAGUAAUCUUUGUGAUUUGUGUUUCAUGCAUAUUUGCUAAGACCCUGAUGGUUAUUAUAGCUUUCCGGGCAACUAAACCUGGAAGCAAUAUGAGAAAGUGGCUAGGACCAAAAAUCCCUGCUGUAGUCAUUGUAAUCUGUACCUGCAUGCAGAUUUUUAUUUGUAUGUUCUGGAUUGUGCGUUGCCCUCCAUUUCCAGAGAAGAACCUUAAGAUAAAGGCUGGAGUCAUCAUCUUUCAAUGCAACGAAUGUUUAGAUGUUUUAUUGUGGGCCAUGCUUGGUUACAUGGGACUUCUUGCUUGUAUCAGUUUCAUAGUUGCAUUUCUGGCCAGGAACUUACCAGAUAGUUUCAACGAGGCCAAGUGGAUUACUUUUUCCAUGUUGAUCUUCUUGAGUGUCUGGAUCUCUUUUGUCCCAGCCUAUCUCAGCACUCAGGGAAAGUUCAUGGUGGCUGUUGAACUGUUUGGAAUAAUUUCCUCCAGUGCUGGCAUCUUAAGUUGCUUUUUUGUUCCCAAGUGUUAUAUUAUAUUAUUUCGACCUGAUCUCAAUACCCGUCAGAGCCUCCUGGGUAAAAGCACCACUCAGAAGACUAAGACCUAG